UUUUAUUAGUUAGUUUUAUGUAACGAGACGACUACUUUGUAAGAACGAUACCAAGGUUCAUUAUAAUACUUAACUUCAUAAUGUGUAUUUCUCAAUAACUAUUUAAAAUAUAACUUAUAAACUUAAUAGCUUGAUUUUUUAAAAUCAUAAAUAGUAAAAAAGUAAAUUUAUAGACUUUUCCGAUUUUUAACUAAAAAUGCCGCCCGAUUUUACAAGUUCUCAAUUACAAACUGAAAGUGAAAGCUCGAUAGAAAAUGAAAAAAUAAUUGAAUCAGUAGAAAAUGAAAAAAAAAAGAGAAAAUUAAAGUGGUAUGAAUUCGAAACAGAAAUAAUUUGGUUUAAUGCGAUAUUUUUUUCAACUUUCGAAGCUUUAGUUGUAUAUUGGACCUUUGCAUUUCCGUAUUGGCAAAAAUUCAAUGUGUUUUUUUAUGCAUUAUGUCUGGGAAUAAUGGCAGGAGUUGGAGUAGGCGCUGGAGUUCAUCGGCUGUGGACGCAUCGUGCAUACAAAGCAAAGACGCCGCUUAGAAUUAUUCUAGCUACCCUCUUCUACAUGGCUGGACAGAAUAGUAUUUUUCAAUGGGUGAGAGACCACAGAGUUCAUCACAAGUACUCAGAGACGCCUGCAGAUCCUCAUGAUAGCAAUCGUGGUUUUUUUUUCAGUCAUGUUGGCUGGUUCAUGUUAAAAAGACGACCAGAAGUAAUUCAACGCGGUAAAGGAAUUGACAUGAGUGACAUUUUGAACGAUCCGGUUGUCCAAUUCUUUGAUGGGAAUCAUGUCAUUCUCAAGUUACUGUUGGCUGGUGUAUUUCCAAUUUUGACUGGCGUUUACGUACUUGGGCACAGCUGGAAAUGGACACUAAUAGCUCAAAUAUUUAUACGAUGGGGGUUUACUUUAAAUUUCACAUGGGCAGUCAAUAGUUUGGCUCACAUGUAUGGAUACCGACCUUACGACAAAAAUAUGGGACCGGUAGAAAAUAUUUUAGUAAGUUAUUUGACUGGAGGUGAAGGCUGGCACAACUAUCACCAUGCCUUUCCAUGGGACUACAAAGCUGCCGAAUUUAAAAGUGUAUUUUUUAAUAAUUCAACCAAUGUUAUCGAUAUGUUUGCCAAAAUUGGCUGGGCCUACGAUCUGAAACAAGUAACUCCUGAGCAAAUUAAAAAAUUUUCCGAGAAAUAUGGUGACGGAACUUCUGCAAUUAAACUAUUAUAAACGUGUUAUAAUAGUAAUAGUAAAGCAUUCAUUACUUAAUAGAUAAUUUAUAUAUUUAUUUGAUUAUAUAGUAUAUGUAUAGAAUUAUUUUAAAAAUUGAUUCUUCUUAUUGUAUACAUAAGUUAUAAUAAUAAAAAAAAAAAAUUAAAGGUAUAAUAAUAA